AUGGAGGAGAAAAAAAGACGAACGAAAGGAAUCGUAACCGCGGAGGAGAUGAAGGCGACGAGGGAGGAUCGGGUGCUGCGAAAGUUCGAGGACGUGAAGAAUAAGUGGGACAAACAGAGACAGCUGAUAAAGGAACGGACGAAGAAGAAGGGGGAAACCCUGGCCGACCAGGGGGAGAAGUACCGGGAGAGAAACGAAGUAAUGAGAAGGAAAAGGGGUGACAUCUCUCCCGAAGAUAUGGCCAUAGGAUUGAACACCCUCAUUGAACACCUCAACAAAGAGGAGAAAAAAAAAGUGAACUGGACAGAGAACCUACGGGCCGAAAGCGGAAGCAUCAGAUUUAAAGAGGCAGUGAAAAAGGUCAAUCUUGAAGGGGGCCUUUGCAAAGGGAAUAGGGAAAUAUUCGAGAAGGAAGGGGACGAUCGCUACGUCACGAACAGAGACGCCAAGAAGAAACUCUACGAGGGGCAAAUAAUCAACAAGAUUAAAAGCAACCUGGAGUUCGUUUUGAAAAAUUUUGCCAUUCCGUUGGACAGUGCCUUCGUCGUGCAGGGGAGGAAGGUCGACUUGGCGGAGGCAGCAACUGUGGAUGAGGUGGGAAAUGCGAAUGAGGAGGCACUCCCCACUGCAUGCAACAUAGAGGACACCACCCAUGACCGUAAGGUGGACACCCCCUCGAAUGAACAACCCCUGCGAACGAGCAAACAAGUCAUACGAAUUGAAAACCGAGGAAGGAAAGUCAUCCCCAACUCGAUUGAGCUGCACAACACAUCGUCCAGCAUAGUUGUCUUUACCAUUUCGUAUAAAAAAAAACUUAAACUGGAAAAUGAAGUAUUAAGACAGAAGGAUUAUCUCUUCUUCGAUGAGCACAAGAACUACACUCUGGUCAUUUCUCCCAAUGCAGGUUACCUAAAACCGGGGGAGAAAAAGACAAUAAGUUUGACUUUUUUUUUUCACUACUUUGUGAAUACCUUCGGUACACUAACCAUUAGGUACUUGUGUAACGAGCAGGUUUUCCAGAGAGACGUUUCGGUGCAGGUGGAUUCUUUUCACGACAUUGGCGGGACCGUGUUCUGGGGGGAUUCCUCAUCGGGAGGUUGUUCCCCUUCUGCCAACCUUGCACAGACGAAAAACGGACAUGGAGGGGCACCCCUAAAGAAUCCCCUUAAAACCUUCUUUUUUUACACCAAAGGAAGAGUCUUCUCAUCAGCUAACCAUUUUUGUAACCAUGAGAAGGAGCUAACACUUGAGAUGAUCCACCCUGUGAAGGACGAUCAUGUGAAAGUUUCACCCCCCUCAGGAGAAUUCACCUCAGAAGGAAGUUUACCCAACGGGGGGGAUAAAAUAGACGAACAUCACACGACCAGUUCUCUAUAUAGGAAUGCCUCCGUCAAGAAAAAUCUGAGUGAAUCAUUCCACGAAGCAGUUAAACAGUACGUAGUAACUUUGGUAAAGUCUUACGUUAGUGUGCACGGGGGGGAUGAAGGACAGGGGAUCCCUUUGAGUACACAGAACAAGGUUCCCACGCGAGCACAUGAGAAUGAACACCACUCCAGUCAUACGUCUAAACGGGGGAAGGAACCUUUAAGAGGAGUGAAGGGAGGAGAGUCGCCUCCAAGUAUAGAUGAACAAAAUAUAGCAUUCGCAAAGGACACCUUUUUUAAACACCUUCUGAGAAGCUUCCCCAAUGCAUUGAAUAAAAGUUACUUGGCUACUCUCCUACACAUGGCUCUCGAGCAAGCUCUACUAACCAGGUCUCACUCCCUCUACCUGCGUCGCUAUUUCGACAUCCUUCAGUUUGUGCGGAUCACUAUGCUGAGGGAGAAGACAUGGGAUGACCUCCCACCAGAGGGAGAAACUAUUUUUGUCCAAACGAAUGCACACCUGCUUAGUUACAUAGUUGGGUUUGUUCACGACCUGUACAGAUCGAACAGAGAGAAUCACCAAGUGAAUCAUAUAAAGGAAGUUUUUUUUUAUUUUCUCUCCUCUGCCUUUCUGUGCAUCCGUCGGGGUGUUAGAAAUGUGAUCCUCUUUGUGGAUGCCAACAAGGGGGGAAGUAUUACCAUGGGGGAGGACUUCUUCCAUGCGGUGUUCCACUCGUUUAUGUUUUCCUACGUGAGGGCGUUUCUCUCUGCCCAGGGAAAGACACACUACGCGUUGCAUUUUGUCAGGGGGGAGUCAGACGUCUCCCAAGUAUGUGAAGCCAUUCUCUCUCAGCGGGGCCAUGUCAAGGAGGAUGGUGGUGACGACGUGCCUACUCAAGUUGCUUGUGACGAUGCCAUCUGCAAAGUGGACGGCACGGAUGGAGAAACCCCCCCAGAGGAUGACUUUUUCAAAAAUUUUAAAGCAGAUGAGGAUUACGCGAAUUGUUUUUCUGGCGAAAGUGGGGGGGAUAAAUCACCCCACGGAGGGGGGGAUAAUAAAAAGGGGAACAUUGUUUUUGUCGAGGACAGGGAGGUGUUUGCUCGGGCGGUGUAUGAGUGGCACUACGGUAGGUUAGUGGGCAAGGUGGAGAGUCGGUUGGCAAGUGCACAGGUGGGUCAGGCGGAUCAUCCGUCUGCAGUUCUUCCCACCAAUGGUUUACCGACUGAUGAUGCACCCACCACUGGUGAUCCGAUCACACUGAUGAAGAAAAAAACUGCGACGGGGAAAAUGAAGAAGAAAAAAAAUGCCAAGGGGGGGAAAGGUACAGUACGUGAAGGAAGUAGUAUACCCCAUAGAGGACGAUCCACCGCGGAGGGAACAAUGAGCCAAAAUGAUGAUCCUACUGAUGAGCCAACGGGAAGCAAAGAACACCCCUGCACGAACCACCACCUGGAGAAGCUCUUCGACAUUUUAGGCGUCUCAACCUACAUUAUAGAUGACCAUAUCGAAGCAGAGAGGAAAAAGUGCAUGCACGUGCCGGAGGGUAUACAAGUGCAGGUAGGGAUGGUGGCCACCAAAAUGGUUAACAUCCUCCCCUUCGUGUUCAAUGUCAUAUCUGUCAAGCAGCUGGAUAAACUUUACCGACAAGAAAGACACGCCAAUUAUUUUUUGUAUGAUUAUUUUGUGUUGAGGAACCGAGAUCGCCUCUUAGAGGCAAUGCGGAAGAUAGUGCACUACGUGGAUGAACAGGGUGACAUUUCCGACAAGAAUAACUUGUUUGGGAAAAUUCCGCUCCCAUGUGACUAUGACGUGGGUCCAUUCGAACAGGGGAAGAAUUCAACUACCAUGCAACAGGAAGACACACUCAUUGGGGAAGAAAAUCACACCCCACCCAGGGAGGUAACCCCGAAGUACCUAUGGAUCAUUUCACCGAAUAUAAAAAACGACCUGUUGGAUAUGUCCAACUUGAGCGACAUGAUAGAAUGGCUGAAGCUGCUGAACUUGGCCAUUUGUAUGAAGGUGUCUGAUGUGUACAUAUGUGGGCAGUUGUUUUUUUUGUUUCUCUUUUUCAUGUGUGAUUCGGGUUCCUUGCCUGGCCGGUGGUGCCAAGGGGGUGGGAAACGUAACAACCAGGCUUACCUUCGCAUAGAUGUGGACAAUCCUACCAGGAGGUGUCCCUCUGCUGGAGAGACACACGAAGUGAACCAUGACCCUUCCCACGUUAAACUGGACUUUUUCGACGUGAAGCACUUCCCAGAACCCCUCCUCCUCCUGCUCAAAGUCAACCUAUUUAACAUUCUACAGCUGUGUGAUUGGUACCAGAUUAGGUUGCACUUCCCGCACGACAUGAUCCUACACCUGAGUGAGUCCCUCCGGAGAAGCACCUCGACAAGCCCCCUCCCCUCCCUGUACUGCCGCUUCCCCUACAAAAAUUACAACCAAAUGAUACAGGCCAGUAGGAGGAAGUUCCUUCGCACGUAUGGACACCGACUGGCCAAUCUGGGCAGCUUCACGAGGGAAAUACUAAAGAGGGGGGAGUCUCCCCAGGGAAAGUCCAACUGGGAGGAGAAACCAUUCGUGAGAGACGACGAAGAAGUAGUGGCCAUUCCUGUGGAUCCUCCUCCUCCAACAGAACAAACCGCUUCAUCCCCCCAACGACGAGUCCGAGUCUGCUCACAGGACGUUGGACGCCGCACGUUGAAUAACAUUGUUGGGGAAUUGCGGGGGGCAGAUAAAGUACUGUGGUUGUGUGGGGCUUUCGAGAGGGACCCAAAAGAACAAGGCUCCUACAACAGCGUGCAACUGCUCUACUGCAUCGCGGCUGCCCAGAGGGAGGAGCACAAACUAAGCGAAGGGGACCAGCCAAAGGGAGACGCGCCCCAGUUCAGUCCCCCUGACCAACGCGACGUCAUGCACGUGAACAACCUCAUCGUGUUGAAUGAGGACGUCUACGCCCUGUACCACCGCCAGCCACGAAAGGACGCUAACAUCCCCUUUCUGUUCCCCAGCCACAGGGUGCUGGUGCACCUCUUCGACCGGACCUUCCCCCAGUCCGGGUUCUUCUCUCCGUUCUAG